GUGUAGUCAUGGCGAAAUGAAGAACACGCGGCUAUGACAUGAGAACAUGGCAAAUGUAAUGCUUGAAAUUUCCCACAAUCACACCACCCCGCUCGUAGGUCCACUUUGAAAGUUCCCAUUGGCCUUCCCUCCCUGUAGUUGACGGUCUCACGGACUGAGAAGGUAUACCUUUCUCAGUCAAACUGUUCGACAUGAUGGGUGUUGGACUUAACAAUGUCAUCCUGAAUCGCAUUUUGGCAAUAUUCACUGAACAAAUCUCCGGAACCUACCCUUGCAAACGCUUUUUGAGCCCUAUCAGCAAAGAGACAUGUCAGCCUAUAGUAGGUUGAUUGAACUAUAGGUGUAACAGGUAGGUUGCGUGUUCCCUUAAACACAGAGUUCCACGACUCAACGAUGUUGCUUGUCAUGUGGCCCCAUCGUCGACCCUCAUCAUAUGUUUAGAGCCUAUGUCAUAUACUUGAUAGGCUCUCGAAUAAUGCCUAAUAAUAGUGGUAAUCUUGUACAUUUGUCGUUUUUGCAAUUGUUGGAUAAAUCACCUGAGGAGGUUGGACAGUAUAGUUGGGGUUCAGCUUGUUUGGCCACGCUAUAUAGAUCCUUGUGUGACGGUGCAAUAUAUGGCAAUACCGAAAUGCCUGGGUGCACAAUUCUCUUGCAAGCAUGGGCGUGGUCAAGAAUGUCAUGCUUAGCUCCCGUGCCAAGGAUACCACCACAAGCUCAUGCACAACUUCCGUUGGCAAAUAUAUGGCUAGAACAUGGUAAUAAAUUCGUGGAAAAUCCUCGGCAUAAUCUCGUAUGUACGCGUUUAAAAAUCGACACCAUGGCAUAUGAUCAGUUCUCCUGGAGGCCUUAUGUCAACUUCAAUUACAGCAACGAAGAAGAAAGCCAAAUAUGGUCUGCAAACACAUAUCUCAUCUGUUUUCAGAUUGUCGAGAGACAUCAGACAGACAGAGUAAGGCUUCAAUUUGGCUUACCGCAACACCCACCUUCCUUACCAGAAAAUUUGAAAGAUUUCCACAAAAUUAAUUUGUCAAAAGAUAGAAUUAAAGGCUCGUGGGGAGAUAAGCAUCAUCGUCAAGUCCAAAACUGGAACCAACGUCAUCAAUUAGCACUUCACAGCGUUCGGUAUAACCAUGAGGUUUAUCCAAAUCGUCAAUAUUUUGCAUGGUAUUGGGAAUUUUUCGGAGAUUAUCUGUGGCUUUCUAGACAAGUAUUAUUGUCAAACCCAAGGCAAGCAUGUGCAUCAAUUUUACCAGGAUUGCCGCGUGACUAUCCUGCAGUCCCACAAACUUAUACGGUGCCAGAUGAAAAUAUGUGGUCAAAUACACCUCCACCCUAUAACCAAUUCAUGACACCUCCACCCACUAACUUUGACCAAACAUUUAACCCAUCCACCAACUACAACUACAACCAAACUUACCAAUCACCGCCACAACCCACAAACCAAAUCUUACAUAACACCCCAAUCCCAUAUCCAAGCUAUUCUCAACAAAGUCGUCAUGGAGAAAGCUCUCGAACAUCAAACUAUUCAUUUGAUGACUACAAUCCAACUCAAUACACCACACAAAUCAGUUAUCCAGACCAAUCACAAUACUCCUCGUUCAACCUACCAACCCCUCCACACUUUGUCAACUAUCCCCAAACAAGCUAUGCACUUCAAUGGCCAAAUUCACAAACAAAUACCAUAGAAAAUCUGGCAGCAGGGUUUAAUGACGAUGACUUCGUUAAUGAAAUCUGGACCAACUCAGCUUCACAAGUGCAAAAUGAAGUCGCUAUGGAAACUAACGAUGAUGCUGAAAUUCUUGACGAGGAUGUGGAAGAGGAAGAGGAAGAGGAAGAGCAACACCAACGACCCGUACGGAACAAAAAAGAUAAAUUAUGUGCUACGGGAGGUCAUAGUUUACAUUGGCGUAAUUGA